AUGGAACUUGAUUUUGGUCAUUUUCCCACUAACAACACUGAGUCUAAUGUAAACCCUUGCUUUAAAAUGGCUUCUUAUCUGCCGACAGAAACGCCUACUAUUGUGUGUGUAUUUUUGAAUGUUUUUCUUGGUUCCAUAUCUGUAAUAACUGUUUGUGGAAACCUCCUGGUAAUAAUCUCCAUCGUUUACUUCAGGCAGCUUCACACUCCGACCAAUGCUCUCAUCCUCUCUUUGGCUGUGGCUGACCUGCUUGUGGGCGCUCUGGUCUUCCCUCUCACAAUGGAGUUCUCCAUUACCUCGUGUUUGUAUCAUGAGGAGAUGUUUUGCAAAGUGAGAAGCAGCUUCGACAUAACGCUCAGCACGUGCUCCAUUCUGAACCUCUGUUGCAUUUCUGUUGACAGAUAUUACGCAGUGUGCCAGCCGCUGGCAUACAGAACUAAAAUCAGCAGCCAUGUUAUUGUGGUGAUGAUGUUGGUGAGCUGGGGCGUUCCAGGUGUGGUUGCGGUCAGCCUAGUAGGGUUUAACAGAUCAAAAUGUGGACAAAACUGUUUUUUUACCGUUGUGCUGGGAAAAAUUCUGAUUGUUCUGAUUACGUUUUACUUACCACUUCUGGUAAUGAUAUGCAUCUACCUAAAGAUUUUUUUUGUGGCGCAAAAGCAAGCACACAGCAUCCAGAGCAUGAAAAACUCUGGGGCAUCUGUCAGCAAGAUGGAGAGGAAGGCCACUAAAACCUUAGCGAUUGUAAUGGGAGUUUUUCUGCUCUGUUGGCUGCCUUCCUUUUUAUGUACAACCGUUUUUACUUUCAGCACCGCCUCCCAUCCUGGCCCUCUGGUAGAAAUACUCAACUGGCUUGUGCUGUCCAAUUCAACGUUCAACCCGUUUAUUUAUGCUUUGUUUUAUAGGUGGUUCAGGUCAGCGUUCAAGAUGAUUAUUUCAGGAAAAAUUGUUCUGGGAGAUUUCACUGACUCCAAACUUUUUUGA